AUAGUUUCUGAAGGAGUUUGUUCCACAUUUAUGAUCUUGUUUUUAAGUGGGAUUUGUCUCCUGCAAGGAAGACCUUCCUUGUGUUAGAAACUACCAUUGUGACCAUCAUUCUUGUUCUGGAGCUUUUUGUUUACUCUGAAUCCAGACUAUUCACAGAGUUACAGAUAAAGCCUGAGACCUUGAACUUGAUGCGCUAAUCUGCAAGGAGCUAGGAUUAGUGUGGAGUAAGCAUGGUGGUUUUGUGUGGCUUGUAAAGGCAAAUUUGCGUGGCUGAAUUUUUGGUAACGUUGAUGUGAAGGAGGGUGAAAAGCUUCUCUCAUUUUGGCUCCUCUAAGUCGAGAUUUGGUAGAGUAGGACUUAUUUUUCCUUUCACUCUUGGUCUGCUCUGUUCUGCUGUGCGCUCUACUGUGGAUACUGCCUUCCAGUAUCAUGCUUCCCUUUUACUUUUCCAUAGCUUUUCCGUUUCCCUAACUGAUGUCUGUCCUGCCAGGUAUUCCCAAUGUCCUCAGCCUUUGCUAUAAUUUUCUGUUCUCCAUUCCUUCAUCCACAAACUUUCCUGCUCAUCUUCUCCCCCUUCAGCCUGCUGUGGCUUAUCUUAUUUACAAUUUUACCUUCCCAUCCCAGGAAGUUUACUCUAGGUCAGUUGCCAUCCCUUCGAGGUAGGUGUAUAUCUUAAAGAUUAAACUUGGCCAGGGAGAGCUGCCUGACCUCUACAUCCAGCAGAACUGAUACAAGUGAUGAUGGCAGUCAGGCAACAUUAGAUGCCUUUUAUCUCUGGCAUGUCCCCUCUCUUGCCCUGCGAGGGGUUGUGCUGGCAAGGCAUGGGUGUAUGUGCUCUGCUGGAGCUGUGUGCUCUCUGUUCCUGGGACAGCUGGAGUGUCGUGGGGGUAAAAGCUAAUAAAUGAACUUUUCUCUAUUCCCUUUUUUGGUAAUGUUUUUGUCUUACCAGGCUUUCAGUAAAAACCCGCAAAGGGCACAUGGACAAAGCAAUGUGCUGCUGCUUUAGGGAGGACAGGUUAUCUAUUAUCUGACCUAGAGAGAAUUUUGCUUUUUUUUCCUUUCCUCUUUUGUACAUUUUUCUUUUUUUUUUCCAUCAGCUCAAACAAUGUAGAUGCCAACUGAUAUCUUAAAAAAGAGUUAAUUCUUGUACAUGUUUUAUCAUUCUAGUUCAGUGCAAUUCUAAUGACAGGCUCAGAGCUCAGCCUGUGCAGAGGGUUGCUGGCCCCUCUCCUCUUUCACUUCUCAAUAAAAUAAAAGCAAAGGCAGAGGCUUUAUGGGUUUGGAAAUGUGGAAGUAGAACAUGUCGACUGGCUAUGUGACCUUGAAUAAGUCACUUCUCAUGUCUCAGGUUCUAUUUCCAAAGUAUGGAGCUCAAAACAUUCACCUCACAGGAAUGGCUUAGUUUUAACUUAAAAGUUAAUAAAGUGCUAUGAGGUUUACGGACAAAGAGUGUCUUGUGUGUAAUAGGCUUAUAAAGCUUUGUAUUGCCAAUUCACUGCCCCCAUAUAGGUGGCAUUUUAUAUGUCUUGGUGCUUUAUUCUUUUUCUCUGAGUCUAACUGACUGACUGUUGCUGUUGAUGUAACAACAAGCAGGUUGUCUUUGGGAGACAGAAAACCAACCCGGGAAAAAUCUUUGAACAGCUUUGAUUUGCAUGGAGGAGGUAUCCACAGUUACUUACUGAGGCAAAAUUUUUGUGGAAUUUCCAUCUCUGGAAGCUUCUGUUUCCAGAAAUGACAUUUCAACACCAACUUAUCAGCAUUACCACAGUGGCUGUGGCCAUGCAGUGGGAGAAUAGGAAGAGCUUCUGGAACUGACCAAGGUCUUAAGAGGGUUGUGACACUCCAGGUUCAAUGUAAUCUUACUGGGCACCAGCGGUGGAACUGUUCUGUUCAAAAUGGUUUAUGGUGAAUUUUUCCGCAGACCUGGAAAAGAUGCAGAACUUAUCAAUUUGAAUGUGGGUGGCUUUAAGCAAUCAGUGGAUCAAAGCACCUUGCUCCGAUUUCCUCAUACCAGGCUUGGGAAACUUCUCAAAUGCCAUUCGGAAGAGGCUAUUCUAGAACUCUGUGAUGAUUAUAGUGUUGCAGACAAGGAAUAUUAUUUUGAUAGGAAUCCUUCCUUGUUCCGAUAUGUUCUGAAUUUUUACUAUACAGGCAAACUUCACGUCAUGGAGGAACUUUGUGUCUUUUCAUUCUGCCAGGAGAUAGAGUACUGGGGGAUAAAUGAGCUGUUUAUUGAUUCCUGCUGCAGCAAUCGGUACCAAGAAAGGAAAGAAGAAGGUCCUGAGAAAGACUGGGAUCAGAAAAGCAAUGACAGAAGUAUAGAUUCUUCUAAUGAAGAAUCAUCCAUAUUUGAUAAAGAGCUUGAAAAGUUUGAUAAUCUGUGUUUUGGUGAAAUUAGAAAGAAGAUAUGGGUCAGAAUGGAAAAUCCUGCAUACUGCUUGUCUGCCAAAUUAAUUGCUGUCUCCUCCUUGAGUGUUGUCCUGGCGUCGAUUGUGGCCAUGUGCAUCCACAGCAUGCCCGAGUUUCAGAGGCUGGAUGCCAAUGACAGAGAGAUUGAAGACCCUGUGCUGGAAGCUGUGGAGAUUGCCUGCAUCAUUUGGUUCACUGCUGAGUUAGUGAUCAGGCUCAUCACAGCUCCAAGUCAAAAGAAGUUCUGGAAGAAACCACUAAAUAUCAUUGAUUUUGUCUCUAUUAUCCCAUUUUAUGCCACUCUGGCAGUGGACACAAAGGAAGAAGAAAGUGAAGAUAUUGAGAACAUGGGGAAAGUGGUUCAGAUCCUCCGAUUAAUGAGGAUAUUUCGCAUCCUGAAACUGGCCAGGCACUCUGUAGGGCUGCGGUCUUUAGGCGCCACUUUGAGACAUAGCUAUCAGGAAGUUGGACUUCUGCUUUUGUUUCUGUCUGUUGGGAUUUCUAUUUUUUCUGUUCUUGUCUACUCAGUGGAGAAAGAUGAUGACUCAUCAGAACUGCACAGCAUCCCAGUGUGCUGGUGGUGGGCAACCAUCAGCAUGACCACUGUUGGUUAUGGGGACACUUACCCUGUCACUCUUGCUGGAAAGCUGCUUGGCACCCUUUGCAUUAUAUGUGGGAUAUUAGUGGUGGCACUUCCAAUCACCAUUAUUUUCAAUAAGUUUUCUAAGUACUAUCAAAAACAAAAAGAUAUUGAUCCAGACCAGUGCAACAACGAUCACAAAGAGAAAUGUAACGACCUACCCUAUUUUAACAUUAGAGAUAUUUAUGCAAAAAAGAUGCACUCCUUCAUUUCUAGCCUUUCUUCAGUAGGAAUUGUAGUCAGUGACCAAGAUUCAACAGAUGCCUCCAGCAUCCAAGAUAUGGAGGAAGUUUAUAACACAACAUCUUUAGAGAAUGGUACAGGAAAAUGAGUUGAAUCACUUUCUCUUUCCUUUAUUUCUGUUUUCUGGUUCUUGGUUAAUAUGGACUUAUAAACUUCAGUGAAUUUAUUAAGAGCAGUUAAUUCUCAGGGUACUUAACUCUCAGCCAUAUUUGGACAUUCUUUGCUCUGAGGAUGCCAUACAAGCUUCAUUGUUUAUGUGAGGCUUUAAAAUAUGCCUCGUAUGGUAGUAAAGUUUUUACACAACUAAUGUUAUGCAUUUUGGGGGGAAAAAAGUCAGGAAAGUGAUAUUAAGUGCUUUUAUUCCCUGCAGCAGUCUGAUGGCUUAUGCAGAAUGUGCUUUUACUAAUUUACUGCUGUUCAGGUAGAGAGAUAUUACAAAUAUGUAAGAACUAUGGCACAAGCCAGUGAAGUUUUUACCUGCAAAUAUAUUUGAAAAAAGAAGGAAUUAUGUACACAUAAAAUGUGCUCACUAACAGAUAUAAAUAAUCUUGGAGUUGGGAACCAGUUUCCUGAGUCUGGGAGGAAAAUGUAUUGGUACAUAUUGUUUCUACUCCAUGGAAGCAUAAUAUUUAUGAAUUUCUUUCCAAAAGCACAAUACAUUUUUCGUUUGUUAAAAUAAA